AUUUUUGUAUUCUGUGAUUUUGAUAUUUGAUGAUUUUGAUGAAGUUGUGUAUAGUGACAGUUUUGAUGAAGAUGGGCAUGUGUUUGUUACUUAAAAGGUUCUUAUGAGUUGUUCAUGCAUAUAUCUAAAUUUGACGUCAUAGAAUACAUAACUGUAUUCUCUAUAUGAAUGCAGGGACAACUGUCCAGUUAUCUUGAAGUCUUAUGAGUUAUUUGGAAUCUCGUGCUCACAUACUUCACAUAAAGUAAGUGGGCAUUUGACCUGCUUUGAUAAGGAAACAAAACAUAUUAACGGUCCUGGUAAGUUGAUAGGUUAUUUCAAAUUUAUAGCAGAUUUGACACCUUGAAUUUGGGCACAUCAAGGCUACAUGACAAAGAUGAAAAUCUGCACUCUUCAGAGCAUGUUAAUGCUGGUAACCUUAUCCUUGAUCGCCAUCAAAUAUUACGACAAUAGCUGCAGUUACUUUGUGUUAUUUUAUUUCCAGAGACAAGGAUGUGUGCAUAAGAUGUUUCCUAAAUUUUCUGAAUUUUAGGGGGUGCUACCAAGGAAGUGCCCAUUGAUGAUGCUAGUUAUAGCAAAUUACAGGGUACUGAUUAUAAGUGUGCUGAAUCACCUGCAUCAGAAACCCUGUCUGAUAUUGAAGAUCUUGAGAUAACUACAUUCACACUGCAGAGGAGAUGCAGUACAAGAAGAUCAUCUGGGAAGAAUUGAAUAGAGAAUAUGUUGAGGAACAACUAGCCAAGGAAGCUGCUGCAGCUGCUGCAAAGGAGGCGUGUGAAGCGCAUAUGCGGAAUUGUCCUGAGGACAUGGAGGAUGCUAGAAAGCUUGCUGCAGAAGUUGCAGCAGCCAUGGAACAAUCGAAAAAGGAAAGACGACAAAAAAGUGCAGCAGAGGCUAAAAAUGCAGCUCCUCCUCGAACUGCUGCAGAAGCAACCCGCCAAAUGCUAGCCAAGAAGAAGCUUGACUCGAAGAUCAACUAUGAUGUGUUGGACGAACUUUUUAAUGACUCGGUUUCUCCAGAUAACAAGAAAAGCCGUCUAAAUGAUGAGGUGUACGCCAGUGGAACAGAAUACGUGAAGCAGAAUAUGAAGGAAAAUGACUCUGAACUGCUUCCAGAAAACGAGAAUGAAGGUGGACCAGAGGAAUUUUCUGAGGGCUUGCAAUAUGGUAAUGAAGAAGACUACAUUGAUGAUUAUGGAUAUGAUGAGGAAUAUUAGAAUGAUUGAAAUACCUAUUUUUUCAUCUAUAAUAAAGUUGGACUUGGACGACAACAAAUAGAUGGCAGCGAGAUUUUAACUGUUGUACAUCGUUUCUAUAUUGCAGCUUUAGUGAAUCAUCUGAAAUUCAUUAUUUUAUGCAAAAGAUAAUAAAUACACCGUUAGAAAUGCUCUCUAUAUUAGUCAAAUUUCAGAUCUGAGAUGACCACAACUAUUUGUAUUGUUUCAGGUGGCCUUAAUUUCUGUAAUCUGCACGUGAAAGCAUUGUAACAAAUCAUUAUGAUAAUUUUAUUUAUUUUUUUGAUAUUUAACCAAAUACAUUAUUUGCUUC